CAUGAUUUCAGGAAAAUAGAAACUGAAGUGCAGCUGAGCUGUCUUGUGUUUGUGUCUCUGUAUUUAAGCAGUAAAAUGGCAGAAGCCAGAUUUUCUCAGGAUGAGUUCAUGUGUCCAGUGUGUCUGGAUCUCCUGAAGGAUCCAGUGACCGUCCACUGUGGACACAGUUACUGUAAGAUCUGUAUUACAGACUGCUGGGAUCAGGAGGAUCAGACAAGAGUCUACAGCUGUCCUCAGUGCAGACAGACCUUCAGUCCAAGACCUGCUUUAGCUAGAAACACCAUGCUGGCUGAACUGGUGGAGAAACUGAAGAAGACCAGACUCUCUGCUGACUGUUACGCUGGAGCUGGAGAUGUGCAGUGUGACGUCUGUACUGGAAGAAAAUACAAAGCCGUCAAGUCCUGUCUGAUGUGUCUGAACUCUUACUGUCAGAAUCACCUCGAGCAACAUGAGAGUUUGUUUAGAGGAAAGAGACACAGUUUGACUGAAGCCACUGGACGACUGCAGGAGAUGAUCUGCCAGAAACAUGAGAAGCUUCUUGAGGUUUUCUGUCGCACUGAUCAGAAGUGUAUAUGUAUGCUGUGUACGAUGGAUGAACACAAAAACCAUGACACUGUAUCAGCUGCAGCACAUAGGACAGAGAAACAGAAGCAGCUGAAGAAGACACAGAAGACGCUCAAGCAGAGAAUCCAGCAGAGAGAGAAAGAUCUCCAGCAGCUGAGAGAGACUGUGGAGUCUCAUAAGCGCUCUGCACAGACAGCAGUGGAGGACAGUGAGAGGAUCUUUACUGAGCUCAUCCUCUCCAUUGAGAGAAGCCGCUCUGAGCUGAUACGACUGAUCCGAGAUCAGGAAAAGACUGCAGUGAUUCGAGCUGAAGAACGACUGGAGCGACUGGAGCAGGAGAUCAAUGAUCUGAGGAGGAGAGACGCUGAGCUGGAGCAGCUUUCACACACACAGGAUCACAUCCAGUUCCUGCAGAGUUUCCAGUCUCUCUCAGCUCCUCCUGAAUCUACAGACGUAAAUGACGAUCUCUUCAGUUCUCUCUUCUCUUUUAAUGUCCUGAGACAUUCUGUCCAUCAGCUGAAAGACAAACUGGAGGAUUUCUGCAAACAGGAGCUGAAGGAGCUCUCAGACAGAGUUAUAAUCACCAACAUUGAUCUCUGGACCAGGAACGACUUCCUACAAUAUUCCCAUCAGCUCACUCUGGAUCUGAACACAGUGAAUAAACACCUCCAUCUGUCUGAGAACAACAGAGUGAUUACUGGCACUAACACAGUCCAGUCUUAUCCUGAACAUCCAGAAAGAUUUGAGUGUUUUCCUCAGGUGUUGUGUAGAGAGAGAGUGUGUGGACGCUGUUACUGGGAGAUUGAGUGGAGUGGAGAUGUGCGUAUAUCAGUGUCAUAUAAGAGCAUCAGCAGGAAGGAAUUGAGUAUUAAGUGUCAGCUUGGAUUGAAUAGACAGUCCUGGAGUUUGUUCUGCUCUCCCUACAGUUACACAUUCAUGCACCAUAACAAGAAGUCUGAACUCCCUGUAAAGUCCACCAGCAGGAGAAUAGGAGUGUUUGUUGAUGACCGUGAAGGAAUUCUGUCCUUCUACAGCGUCUCUGACACAAUGAGCCUCAUUUACACAGACGAGACUGGAUCCACUGAGCCGCUCUAUCCUGGGUUUUGGGUUGGUUUUGGAUCAUCCGUGAAAUUGUGUCGAUCCAUCAGAAUAGAUUGAUGAGAGAUUCUACCCAUAGAGCUGUUAUAGAGUCUCUUCUAUUAUGUUCUUUACGUAAAUACUGCAUUAUUUCACUGAAAUAACAUGUCUGAAUUAAUGUGUGUAAUGAAUUCUCUUAUAGACCGUAAGAUCAGUGUGUGCGAGUCUUGCUCAGUGACCAUGUGUUUCUGUGACCAAAUCUGUUUUUGUUGUUGAAAUUUGUCAUUUAGAAUUUAAUGUAGUGUCACAUCAAUCAUUUUCAUUAAGUCUGUCAAAAUUACCUUUAAAUUCAAAUGAUCAGUCAAUAAAUAAUUUUCAUUAUUCACCUUA